AUGGCCAAUUCAUCUGACGAAGAGGCCGAUUCACGAACAGCUUCGGUGGGCAUACCGCGUGCUCGCGCAAACCCACGUUCCACUUCGCGCUCCGCAUCCAACGACAGCAAUUCCCGCCCGGCCAAAAGACAGCGCAGAAGCCAGAACACAAAGAAUUCGGAUCUUAGUGAUUUUGUUCCCCGGGGUGCUACUUUUAGCGAACGUCCUUUGCCAGUUGAUCCAGACAGUACAUCUAGCUCUGGGUCCAGUUCAGAUUCAAGUAACGGGGACUCCGAGGACGCGGACUCUGAUUCCAAUUCACAACCGGACACUACCAGCGCAAACCCACACGAAGGAAACACAACACCCGCUAUCAGUUGGAACCAAGGCCGGAAGGCUGCAGUUCGCACCACGCUUGGAAAACGACCAGCACCAAACGGGACGACUACACAGUUUACAGCAGUGAAUGACAGAUACUGGCGCAGUCGCAGUGAAUCUACAUCACCGGCACCUCCUGGAGCGGAGGAACCCCAGGGCGAAGAAGUGAAUGCAAAUGAACAAUCUGGUGACGAGGAGGAGCUAGAGGAGGGGGAGAUUGACUCUAAGAGUGAAUCAGAUGAUUCUGAUUCCCUCGACUCAGAAGCGGACGACUCAAUCCUACUCAACAUUGGCGACAAAAUGGAUGGAGUAGACAGUGGCAAUGAUUAUGACCCCGCCACUUUGGCUCUUCAGCAUGCGUCUAACAACACAAACGGGAAUGGGACUUCGUUUGGGUCUCCCUCAAAAGAGGAGGCUUUCCGACAGUUCUCCCGCAAAUAUCCCACUGCACCUACCUCUCUAAUAGAUCUGAACCAACACGAUCUUGAACUUCAGGCUAAAUACGUGCAUUUCGACAAAAACAUUCACGAUCUGGACCUCAGGCUCCCCGUUUCAUGCAUUGAAUGUCAACGUGAAGGCCAUAUGGCCGAUGUUUGCCCAUUCAAAGAGUGUGAACACUGCAACGCGUGGAACCAACACCAAGGCAGCACCUGCCCCACCUGGCGGAGAUGUCAACGAUGCCGCGAGCGAGGCCAUGAUGAGCCGCAAUGCGAAUCAAAACUACGCAACUUUCCAUCUGAGGUCCCCUGUGAUUAUUGCGGUAACGAACACCUGGAGUCCGAGUGCGACCGCUUGUGGAAAUCACCAUCCCAAGAGACCCACUCCCAACAAGUCACCGUCUCAAUCUGCUGUUCCAAUUGCUGCAGCAUGAAGCAUCUUGCAGGAGAUUGUGAAUCCAGCGGCACACGCAGAAGUGUCAACUUAUCUUCAUCUUCGUUCAGCCUCAAAGGUAUCGAUCCGUACAUGAUCACAAACCUCAACUCCGUCGGCGAAAGUCGAAAUGGACCUCCAUCAAGCCGAGGCCGACCUGGAUCUCGCGCAAGACGCGACUGGUCCCCACCUUCUUCCCCGGAUGAUGAUGACAUGAUGUCCCGUGUCUCCCGAGGCAACGGCCGUCCCGCCACCGCCGCCCCCCGGGGCAACACUCGUGGAAAUAUCAAGUUCGGAAACGGAGUCGGAAGCAACCGCGGCGACUCAAGGUCUCGUGGCCCUUCGCGUGGCCGUUCUCCAUUCUCUGGCAAUGGAAAUGGGAAUGGUCAACGAUCUCUGGAUCCGCCACCACUCCCCCGUGGCCCUCCUCCCCGUGGACCUCCUCCGCCAAGAGGGGGCCGUGGUCGUGGAGCCUCUCGAGGUCCGUCGCGUGGAGGUUUCUCACGCGGGCCUCGUGGGCCUGGCAGAGGCCGCAGCCGCGGAUAA